GCAAUGCAACGCCUGCUGGCUUGCUGCUUGCUGGCCGCCACUCUAUCAAGGAUCGAUGUCCUUGCCCAGAAUCAGAACCAGAACCAGAACCUCAACCUAAACGAAACCAUCGAUCUGGAAAAGUUAUCCAAAUUAGUGCUGCCCCCAAAAUUCCAAACUCGUGUCGUCGGCGGUCGGGUCACAACAAAUGAAAAGUUGGGCGGCUAUCUAAUUGCCAUGCGCUACGAAAAUGAGUUCAUUUGCGGUGGCGCUCUGAUCCAUGACCUCAUCGUCCUGACGGCUGCCCAUUGCUUUUUGGGCCGGAUGAAGCUAAACGAAUGGCUGGCGGUCGGCGCUACUUCGAGGUUGUUUGACAAAGGUAUUCAACGCCAGGUUAAGGAAAUCAUCAAGUCCGCCCAGUUUCGGGAAGUUGACAUGAACAUGGAUGUGGCCGUGGUGCGACUCAAGAAACCCAUGAAGGGCAAAGGUAUCGGAAAGCUGUCCCUGUGCUCCACACACCUCAAGCCGGGCCUUGAAUUAGUCGUCUCUGGCUGGGGAAUGACGGAUUCCAGGGGCACUCGGCCGCAUAAACUAUUGCGAACGGUUACAGUGCCAAUUCUAGACAAGAGAACAUGUCGUGCAUCGUAUUCGCCAGCGGUUAAUAUAACAGACAGCAUGUUUUGUGCAGGAGUGCUGGGGAAAAAAGAUGCCUGCACGUUCGACUCCGGCGGUCCGUUGGUUUACAAAAAACAAAUCUGUGGGAUCGUCUCCUUUGGAAUCGGUUGUGCCAGCAGACGUUAUUCCGGCGUCUACACCGACAUUAUGUACGUAAAACCCUUUAUCGAGAAGAGCAUUAAAGAGUUACUAGGAAAGGGUUAAAUAAAUUAAUAAAUAGAAUAAAUAUACCAAA